AUGGCACCUCGCAACUCUUCCUUCCGACUCGCCGCACUCACCAUCGUAGCGGUGCUUGCUCUGGUCUACCUAAGGUCGCCCUCAAUGAUCCAAAUUGCCAAUCCCGCUAGCGAAUACUGCAUUCAACAGGGUGGCACGCUCGAAAUCGUCCGGGACAAGGAUGGCAACGAGAUGGGCAUGUGCAAGCUUCCCGACGGUACCGUAAGGGAAGAGUGGGAGUUCUUCCGUUCGCAGCAUCAGCAGGACGAGACAGGUUCCUCCCAAGGUGGCGAUCAAGUUGCAACUGCCGGCGACACACAAGCUUCCAAACAAGAAUAG